AGUUUCAGAAGAAAUGUGGGAUUUCUACACUUUGCCAUUGGCCGCAAUUGGAUUAAUAGUGCUUGUCUCCUUUCUACUAGACUCUAUAUGGAAUAUUUUACAAACUUGCAGAGCUUUGUUAGCUCCAUUGUUUAUAUCCACUGAAGAAACAUCACUUGUCAAAAAAUUUGGACCAUGGGCAUUGAUUACUGGUUCUACUGACGGCAUUGGUAAAGCUUAUGCAUUUGAGUUGGCAAAAAGGGGCAUUAAUAUCGUUUUGGUCAGCAGAAAUGAAGAAAAACUAAAGAAAACUGCCGAGGAUAUAGAAGCGAAAUAUUUUGUGAAAACGAAAAUAAUAGCGGCUGAUUUUUCACAAGGUAAGAAGGCAGUCGAUAUUGUGAAAGAUCAAGUUGGAAUACUACCAAUUAAUAUUUUAGUCAACAAUGUUGGAAAACAAUACGACUAUCCCAUGUACCUCUCAGAAGUACCCGAAAAGGAUUUAUUUGAUAUGAUCAACAUCAAUGUGGGAGCAGUCACUUUACUAUGCCGAGCCUUCAUUCAAGACAUGAAACAAAGAGGCCGAGGUGCAAUAGUAAACGUAUCUUCAGGGUCGGAGUUGCAGCCGUGGCCCCUAAUGGCUGUAUAUGCAGCCACGAAGGCUUAUAUAAGAAGUUUUACAAUGGCUCUCAGAUACGAAUACAGAGACUCCGGAAUUACGAUCCAACAUUUGGCUCCAUUUUUUGUUGACACAAAAAUGAAUGCAUUCAGCAAGAGGCUUCAAAAAAGUUCCUUCUUAAUUCCAGACGCUGAAGGAUACGCCAAAUAUGCUAUAAUGACAUUGGGGAAAGUUGAUGAAUCAUCUGGAUACUGGACGCAUGGUAUUCAGACGUUUCUAACAAAAGUUGCUCCCACCUGGCUAAGGAUGUACAUUGCUGCUCACAUAAAUCGUAAUUUUAGGGAAGAUUAUUUUCUUCAGCAAAAAACAGGAUAG